CCAACCCAGAAGAGAGAACGCGUGUUCGUUCUUCCACUUCCACACACACACACAACAGCAACAGCACCACCGCAACGGAUUAGGCGCGAGCAAGCACAUCAACAAUGGCGCUCCCUCUCUCUUCCUCCUUCAACCUCCCCUUCACUUCUCACCGCUCUCCAUCUCUCUUCUCCACCUCCUCCUACUUCCACCGCGCCUCACCACCACCACCACCGUCCCCUUCUCGAAUCUUCUGCUUCUCAAACAAGCUUCACCACCUCACCAAGGAACUGUUAUCUGACACGUCAGCGAGUGUGGUUGUUGAGAGGAUAACGAACCAGUUGAUGAAGAGUGUCAUGAUUCCUGUCAUAAUUGCCUCCACAAUUCUUCUUCCUCCGUUGAUCGAUUCGUCGCCUCCGGUUGCGAAGGCGGUUCUGUAUUCGCCGGAUACAAAGGUUCCAAGAACAGGUGAAGUUGCUCUCAGGAAAGCCAUUCCUGCAAAUGCUAGCAUGAAGGCUAUACAGGACUCUCUUGAGGAUAUUUCGUACUUGUUGAGGAUUCCGCAAAGAAAACCUUACGGGACAAUGGAGGGGAAUGUCAAGAAAGUUUUGAAGAUAGCUGUGGAUGAAAAGGAUGCUAUAUUGGCAAGUAUACCAGCAGAACUGAAGGAAAAAGGCUCUUUGGUACAUGAAUCUCUGAUAGGUGGAAAGGGGGGGUUACAAUCUCUCCUUCAAUCAAUAAAGGAACAAGAUGCGGAUAGAGUUUCUGUGAACCUUCAAUCUACACUGGAUACUGUAGCAGAGUUAGAGUUAUUACAGGCACCGGGGAUAUCUUUUCUGUUGCCGGAGCAAUACUUGCAAUAUCCACGGCUUUCAGGGAGAGGAACUGUCGAGUUCAUCAUUGAGAAAGGAGAUGAUUCAACAUUUUCUCGAGUUGGUGGAGAAGAGAGAAAAAUUGGCACACUUCAGGUUGUUUUAGAUGGAUACUCAGCUCCAUUAACGGCUGGGAAUUUUGCAAAACUGGUGAUGGAUGGAGCAUAUAAUGGUAUAAAGCUUAGCAGUAUCAAUCAAGCUAUUCUCUCAGAAAAUGGACAGGAUAAGAACAUUGGUUACAGUGUUCCCUUGGAAAUAAAGCCCACUGGACAAUUUGAGCCCCUUUAUAAAACAACAUUAAGUGUGCAGGAUGGAGAACUUCCUGUCCUUCCUCUGUCUGUUUAUGGGGCAGUUGCCAUGGCUCAUAACGAAGCCUCUGAGGAGUAUUCAUCACCUUAUCAGUUUUUCAUCUAUCUCUAUGAUAAACGAAAUUCUGGCUUGGGAGGGAUAUCAUUUGAUGAAGGCCAAUUUUCAGUUUUUGGAUACAUAACCACUGGGAGAGACAUUCUCCCCCAGAUAAAAACCGGUGAUAUUAUUCGUUCUGCGAAGCUUAUUGAAGGCCAAGACCGCCUUGUCUUGCCGAAGGACAGUUGAGUGAGUUGGUCUCAUGGUCUUGCGGUGUUGCCAAGAAGGGAAAAAUCUUUCAUUCUUUGUAAUAUAUAAAUACUAUGCCGAUGGUAUCAACCUGAUUUUCUAGGUGCAGGUUGUGUUGUACUUUGUAAAUUACCUGAUAAUAUAGGAAUAGAUUGAAAUUUCUACUUACCAAAAAAUCCAAUUGCCCAGCAAGAGAAUCCUGCCAGAACCUUUUGGGGAGAAAUUGGCGCCAUUUUCUUUGCAUUUACAGCUGGGGAUUAUAGACAAGCACUUCAUUCUUUACUCUGCACUAUAUUAUGAAUUUAACCUAGGUUCUCACUGUUCUGGGAAUGAACAUUGAGGAUAGGGAUAGUACCUAGAGAGUGGAAAAUUGUGCUAAAGAGAA